AGAAUUAAAAACUUGUACGGCAUUUUACCAGCAAUUCCCACAAAAUAGUUGAGAAACUUGCAAUAUAUUAUUUAACGAGUGCAGAGCAUUUUUUAUUCAUAUUUAGUUGUUAUGUUUGUUAAAAAUCUCAAUGUUUGUUGAACGAUUUUUGACAUCAAAUUCAUGAAAAGUGCUUGAAAAAACAAAUUGUGAAAUACCAACAACAAAGAAGAAUUUAUAGUCGUUCAACGCAACACGGGGAGGGGAAAUCACGCUGUUAUUUCCUCGUAGAAAAGAUUGUAAAUUUCUUUAAUAAAAAUAAAGUAUAAUUAGUGCGAAAUAUUAAACAAAUUGAAAUAAAGCAAUAAAAAUGUUCGGAGGAACCAAACCAACUUUUGGCGCGGCCACCCCUGGUACGGGAUUUGGUGGUUUUAAUAAUGCCGCCGCUUCCUCACCCUUUGGUCAGUCUGCGUUUGGUAAACCAGCCACAAGUGCGUUUGGAGCUGCUCCUGCUUUUGGAGCUCAACAAGCAGCACCCUCCUUAUUUGGUUCAAAUCCGGCUCAACCUCAAACGUCGGGUUUAUUUGGAGGUGCCAGCACUUCUACGGCCUUCGGUACUACCACGACAACACAACCUGCAUUCGGCAAUUUUGCACAACCUCAACAAAACACUUCGAUUUUUGGAGCUGCUCAACCUCAAGCCAAUUCUUCAUCAUUGUUUGGACAACCCGCCGCCACUUCGGCCUUUGGAUCUGCCGUCAAACCAGCUGGUUUGGGGACUUUUGGUCAAACUGCAGCACAACCAUCUACAUCGUUGUUUGGCCAGCCUGCUGCUUCCACUAGUGCCAGUGGCUUUGGAACUUUUGGCCAAGCUGCACCUACAAACACAAGCGUGUUUGGUAGUGCAAAUUCGUCAGCCUUUGGUCAGCCUGCAAAUGCAGCUACAUCAGCAAAUCCUGGAACAUCUAUUGCCAAAUACCAGCCAACCAUUGGAACAGAUACCCUAAUGAAGGGUGGCCAACCGAAUAGUGUAAACACUAAACAACAUUGUAUCACAGCCAUGAAAGAAUAUGAGAGCAAAUCCUUGGAAGAGCUGCGCAUGGAAGAUUAUUUAGCGAAUAGAAAAGGACCGCAGGCUGGAGCUGCAGGUGGUUUCGGAAGUUUUGGUGCUACAGCUCAACCGACAACAGGAACCGGACUGUUUGGAGCCACAGCUCAACCUACUACAGGUUUAUUUGGUCAGCCUGCAACUGGGGCCACCGAAAACAAAGGAUUAUUUGGAUCAACUGGCAGUGCUUUUGGACAACCAGCGGCUGGAGGUUUUGGAGCAGCAGCAGCACAGCCAUUCGGAGCCAAACCAUUUGGGGCAACCACUACAACUGGUUUUGGAGCUACAGCAACUGAUAACUCAAAUCCCUUUGGAGCUAAACCCGCUUUUGGACAAACCGCUGCACCAUCUUUGUUUGGUCAAACGCCAGCCACCAGUGCUGCCCCAGCUUUCGGUCAGACAGCCACUGGUUUUGGCGCUGGCUUCGGUACAACCGCAGGCCAGCAGCAGCAACAACAACCGUCAUUAUUUGGCCAACAGGCAGCGGAUGCAAACAAGCCAGCAUUCGGACAGACAUCUACCGGUAAUACAGGAUUCGGUGGAUUUGGCACUACAGCCACUAGCACUGCUACAGGCGGAUUGUUUGGAGCUAAACCGGCUACCGGCUUUGGAGCUGCUCCAGCAUUUGGUGCAACUUCUCAAGCCAACACAGGAUUCGGCAAUUUCUCCCUCAACAAUACAAACGCAGGUGCUGGAGGUCUUUUUAAUGCGAAUCUAAACAAACCAGCCACAUCAGGUUUUGGUGCUUUCGGUACAAUGACAUCAACUGCUGCUCCAUUAAAUUUCAAUGCUGGUACUGGACAAACAUCGCUAUUUGGCAACACAGCUGCGAAACCGGGUGGACUUUUUGGCACAUCACUAGGAACAGCCGCAAAUACAACUGGUGGAGGCCUAUUUGGCCAGGCAGGACAAUCAGCGUUUGGUCAAGGCAACCAAUCGCGUGGUUUCGGUCAAACUGGUGCAGACGGUGGUCUCGGCACUUUGGGAGGACUGCCCGGUACACCUCAACAGCAGCAACAAAUGCCCAUACAUCAACAAAUUUUAUCCAAAGUGACCUCGCCUUAUGGUGACAAUCCCAUCUUCAAGGAUCUUAAACGCAGUGAAGAAAAUGAUCCCAACAGAGCCACAAAUCCAGCCGCACAAAAAGCCAUCAUGGAAAGCACUAGUACCAGUGGUCAACAGUUUAAAAUUUCCACUAAUUCUUCUCCAAGCAUACUAAAAGUUAAACCCAUUGGAUCGGCUCUAACCAAAAAAUCCCUGUUCGAGGGUCUGGAAGAAUUUGAUGCCAGUGUGGAGAGCUUUAGCCUAAAGCCGAAUGCCAAACGUUUGAUACUCAAACCUAAAAAUAAUGCUAUGAUGGGUGGUGUUGGUUCAGGACAGCACACACCCGGUUCUGGGUCAAAUGCAAACACGCCACAAAGACAAAUUACGUCGUUAACUUCGUCCAAUGCGAACAACAACCAGCAUGAUAUACGUAAUGAGUCAUUUUCGGGACAAAUAGCAACUGAGCCCGUAAUUUCACAAUCUCCAGGCACGGGAGGCAAUGUCGUUUCAGCUACUGCAGCAACAACCUCAGCUUUAGACGCCAGUCGACGUGAGUCGUGGUUGCAUCCGAAUAAUUUGGAAAAAGUCAGACAGCACAAUAUAAAUGCCGGUCUUGAACCGGGAAGUUCCCACAACAACACACUGACGGACCUGGUGCCCCGCAAACCAUUGGACACCUACCGGAAUGCAGCCAACAGCGGCCGGUUGUCGGUAUCAACAGUGCCCGAAAAUCCCUUUGAAGAAAGCAAUAUUUCGUCUAGACGCGAUACUAGUGCUGCAGCAAACGAGAGCAUUGCUUCAUCCAAUCGUUCUUAUGCCCCCGAAGACAAAUCGAUAUAUAUUGAAGAUGUCCAAAUUGAAUAUGAUGAGCAUCCCACUGGUAUUACCUUGAAGAGAGUGGGCUACUAUACCAUACCUUCAAUGGAUGAUUUGAAAUCAUUUUUGGCCGAAGACAGCUCAUGUGUAGUGCCUAAUUUCACUGUGGGCCGCGAAGGCUACGGCAAUGUGUACUUUGGAAAAGAGAUAGAUGUGGCCGGCUUGAAUUUAGAUGAAAUUGUUCAUUUUCGCAAUAAGGAAAUCAUUAUCUAUCCGGAUGAUGACAACAAACCACCCGUGGGUCAUGGUUUGAAUCGUGAAGCUCAAGUGACUUUGGAUCAGGUGUGGCCUUUGGACAAAAGUAAACACGAACCCAUUAAGGAGUCUCAGCGUCUGCUGGAAAUGGAUUGGGAGGGUAAAUUGAGACGGGUUUGCGAUAAAAACGAAACACGUUUUAUUGAAUAUCGUCCUGAAACUGGCAGUUGGGUAUUUCGGGUGAAACAUUUCUCCAAAUACGGUUUAAAUGACAGCGACGAGGAGGAAGACAUACCUACCGAUCCGAAAAAGGCGAAAAUGGGAGCCGCUGCAUUAGAAGCUGCCAAACAACAAGCUUUGGCACAAGCGGCAGCAGCUGCAGGUCCAGGUGGUAUUAAUGCGCACGAAAAAAUGACUUUGGCAGCUUUGAAAAAUGCCCAAAAAAUAUCUGAAGAUGCAGCGCGCGCUUUGGAUCCAAAAUCCUUAACUUCAGCCGGUUUCUAUCCCAUGGAUGAAUCAGCUGAGUUUAUGUUAAUGGACAAGACACAAUUCUUUCAAAACAAUGGCAACAACGAUUUUUCCAUGUUCGAUCAUCCCCAGCAGGUGUUUAAACAGGGUUUAACUAGUCCAACAGCUACACUGGCCAAGGACAUGGGCACCGAUGCCCAUAAAUUGCAAUUAAUGAAGGCUUCGUUUUUUAUAGACGAUGAUCUUGAUAAUAAAUCAGAAGCUUCAGAAUUUGGUCAUCAUGAUUUCAAUCGUAAUAAAGGUGGUUUGUUUGGCAAACGUUUACAGGAGAUGUAUGGCUCGGCUAACUCAUUGUGGAAAGAUGGAAAUUCUGCCGCUCUAGCUGGUUUGGGAGGCAACUUUUCAGAGUCUUCAAGCCAGGUUGAUUUUAAUGCCUCACCACCUUUGCCGGCUUCCUCUGCGGAUUCUGCUUCUGUAAGGAGUGUUUUGAAAAGUCAAGAGCAACAGCAAACGGAAAUGGGAAUAUAUCAAGCUUCUAAUAAGUUACCACCGCUUCUAGUAAAACCCAAAGUGGCGUCAGUCAAAAGUUUAGGCUCUAUAGUGCCUCUGGUGAAAUCUGUGGCCUUUCCCUUACGUUUAAAAUGGCCUGCAGAUUUGGGGUUAUACAAUAGUCAUCGUUUUAAGUUGGGCUUUGGGCCACAGCAUACGCUGAUUGUUCCCACCACUAGAAACAAUUUGAACCGAGAAAUUAAAUCUAAAAAUCUGCUCGAUAUCGCCCCUGCUAUAUUCAAAAGUCGUGGUGCUAAUGAUUACUCGCCCACUGUACUGCAACAUUUAAAAAUCUCCGCCACCCAAUCGUAUGAGAACUUCGAAGAGAGCAUUGUUGAUCAUUUGCAAAUACAAUUGCGUAAUUCACAGCAGCAAGAUGUUGAAGGCAGCGAGUGUCCCUAUAUAAAGUCCGAUGGUGGCACUGAGCUGAUCGUAAAGCACUUGGAUGAAGCCAUAAAACUUAUUAAUCAUGGUCCAUUGGAGGAAUAUGCAGUGUCGGUGUGGUCUCUUUGUUUGGCCUUGUGGGGUGAUCAUGAGGAGUUGGAGGGUCGAGAACCCACCUCACAUUUUGCGGUCAUGUGUCGCCGUAAUUUACUGUCAGAAUGGCUGGAAAAUACUCUCACCGAUAAGGAUUUGCUGACGAAAACCGUUUCAAAGCACACAUACUUGGAGCAUCUGGUAGAGUUGGUAAUGUGCCAUAAGGUAACGGAGGCCUGCGAAUUGGCCUUCAAUUACGAUGAUGUCAAUUUGUCCCUACUGAUGUCACAACUAUCGUCUGGCCCAGUUGUACGACAACUAAUGGAAGAUCAAUUGGCUGCCUGGAAUGCCGACAAAGCGGAUCAAUUUAUUCAAACGGAACGUUUGAAAUUAUUCAUGUUGGUGGCCGGUAUUUCUCUAAUGGCUUCUAAUCACGGCGUUAUCAAUUGCCUAGAGGACAUAGAAUGGAUCAAAGUAUUGGCGCUACAAUUGUGGUAUUUAUCUUCCGCUACCUCGUCAAUUACGGAUGCCUUAUUGGCCUAUGAGAAAUCAUUUAAAUCGGAGGAAUUUUACUCUCUACCUCCAACACCCGUUUACAUGGGAUAUGUUUCACAGUACAAUGAAAAAUACACUAUUUAUGAUGUACGUUAUCAUUUGUUGCAACUAUUCUCAAAACGUAGUCAUCCCUUGGAGAGUCUACUCAAUCCAGCCACACACACUUCUGAUCCCAUGGAUUAUCGUUUAAGCUGGUUACUGUUAGAAACUUUGGAAGCCUUGGGCUAUCGUCAUUGCUCCGAACUAAGCGAGUCUCAAUUGCAUGUGGGCUUUGCUGCUCAACUGGAAAACAAUGACUUGUGGGAAUGGGCCAUUUUUGUUUUAUUGCACAUCAAAGAUAAAAAUCAACGUGAGUUGGCUGUACAGAAUGUACUCUAUCGUUAUGUGUCCGUUUCGAAGGAUGUCGCCUUAAAUGAUAAGGAAAAAUUCGUUAUGAAUAAUUUGGGCGUUCCAGAGAAAUGGAUUGAUUAUGCAAAGGCAGUUAGGGCGGGGUCCAUACACAAUUAUCAUUUGCAAGCUAAAUAUCUGCUCAAGGCCAAACAAUGGUCUUUGGCUCAUGAGAUAAUAUUCCAACAUAUAGCACCAGAUGCUGUUAUCAAUGAUAAUUUGGAAUACUUGCAUCAUUUAUUAACGCAAUUUGAAAAUCCCGACCUAAAUAAGAGUAUUAAGGUGCCAAACUGGUCAAAUCAAGGACAAAUAUUUUUGGAUUUCAUUGACAUAAACGAAAAGUUCAAGGGCUUGAAAUCCUUAAAAACGGAAGCUGACAUUGAGGCCCGCUGGGAGAACUUAAAGCCUCAAUUGGCUGAUCUAUGCUCGCGUAUAAAUCUUUUACCCUGCCCCACGUCCAAGCAUCGUCUGUGCCAGAGUGAAAUUGCCCAAAAUCUAGCAUGUUUAGUACGAGGCGUUUUACUUGUAUGUCCCAUUCUCAAUCCCUGUCUUAUAAUUAAAAUCGCUUUGGAACGUCUGCCACUACCGCAAGAGUUUGCUCAGCAGGAAUUAAGAGCAUUGCUCGAUACCUUGGUGGGUGAUUUGUCCAAAGCUCAAAUAAGCAAUACAGACCUUAUUAGUGUUAAAUGAUGUUCAAACUGUUCAUAAUAACUAUUUUGUUAUGCAAAUAAAAAUAUUUAAAGUAGCUGUAUGUUUUAAGUCAA